AUGUCGACAACGCCGGCGCCGGCGACGGCGUCCGCGCUUCCAAAGUCAGGGGCGGUAUCCAAGGGCUACAACUUCGCAUCCACUUGGGAGCAGAACGCGCCGCUCACGGAGCAGCAGAAGGCCGCGAUCGCCGCGCUCUCCCACGCCGUGGCGGAGCGGCCAUUCCCGCCCAACCUGGAUAAGAGUUCAGGGAAGGAUGGAGGUGUGGCUGUUCCAGAGAAAGAAUCUGCUUUAGAGGAGGCUGGUGCAAUGGAUGCAGUCUUGGUGAAUACACAUCAGUUCUACAAGUGGUUUGCAGAACUGGAGUCAGCUAUGAAAUCUGAGACUGAGGAGAAGUAUCGACUCUAUGAGAAUACAUUACAGGAGCGUGUCAACACAUGUGACGGUAUCCUUAAGCAAGUUGAUGAUACAUUGAACUUAUUUGAAGAACUGCAGUCUUUGCACUCAAGCGUUGCCACGAAGACAAAAACUUUGCAUGAUGCUUGCGACCAACUUUUGGUUGAGAAACAAAGGCUGAUUGAGUUUGCAGAGGCACUUCGAAGCAGGCUCAACUACUUUGACGAAUUGGAAAAUGUCUCAAGCAGCUUUUAUUCUCAAAAUAUAAACAUUGGAAACGAACAGUUUCUUCCACUGUUGAAGCGCCUUGAUGACUGUAUCUCGUAUGUUGAAAACAACCCACAAUAUGCUGAAUCUGCUGUUUACUUGGUCAAGUUUCGCCAACUUCAAUCUCGUGCACUGGGUAUGAUUCGCUCACAUGUGUUGUCAAUACUUAAAGGUGCUUCAUCCCAGGUUCAAGCUGCAAUUCGAAGCAGUGAUUCUGGCAAAAACAUUGUCACAGAGGGUGUGGAGGCAUCUCUUAUCUAUGUUCGCUUCAAGGCGGCUGCUAGCGAGCUAAAACCAAUAUUAGGUGAAAUUGAAAGUAGAUCUUCAAGGAAGGAGUACGCACAGAUUCUUUCCGAGUGUCACAGUUUGUUCUGUGAGCAGCGGCUGUACUUGGUACGAGGCAUGAUGCAGCAACGGAUCUCGGAGUUUGCAAGAAAAGAGGCCUUGCCUUCGUUGACAAGGUCUGGCUGUGCCUAUCUGAUGGAGGCAUGCCAGUUUGAGCACCAGCUUUUUGCUCACUUCUUCCCAUCAUCUGCUUCAGAUGUUUCAAGUAUGGCUCCUUUAAUGGACCCCCUGUGCACCUACUUGUAUGAUACUCUGAGGCCUAGACUGAUAUAUGAAGGAAAUAUUGAUUCUCUCUGCGAACUUGUUGAUAUUCUGAAAGUUGAAGUGCUGGGGGAACAACUAAGUAGACGCGGUGAAUCAGUAGCUGGUCUCCGUCCAAUAUUGCAAAGGAUACUUGCAGAUGUUCAUGAGCGGCUAGCAUUUUGUGCUCGGACUCAUAUCCGCGAAGAGAUUGCAAAUUUCCGCCCUUCUGACGAAGAUCUGGAUUAUCCUGGGAAACUUGAACGAUCUGUGGGUACAUCUUCAAGUGCUACUGUUGGUGACAACUCGGACAUAUAUGUAACAUGGUACAGACCAUUGGAGAAAACAGUUUCAUGCCUAUCAAAGCUAUAUCGCUGCUUAGAGCCAUCUGUCUUCACUGGAUUAGCCCAGGAAGCUGUAGAAGUUUGCUCAACAUCUCUUCAGAGUGCAAGCAAGGUCAUCUCAAAGAAAGGUACCCAUAUGGAUGGCCAGCUUUUUCUGAUUAAGCACCUCCUCAUUCUACGGGAACAGAUUGCUCCAUUUGAUAUUGAGUUCUCUGUCACACAUAAGGAAUUGGAUUUCUCCCAUUUAUUGGAUCACCUAAGAAGGAUUCUCAGGGGUCAGGUCUCGUUAUUUGAUUGGUCAAGGUCAACAUCACUAGCUAGGACCUUUUCUCCUCGUGUUUUGGAGAACCAAAUUGAUGCCAGAAAAGAGUUGGAGAAAAGCCUUAAAGCUACCUGUGAAGAGUUUAUAAUGUCCAUAACUAAAUUAGUAGUGGACCCAAUGCUUUCUUUUGUUACUAAGGUAACUGCCGUCAAAGUUGCAUUGUCCUCUGGUAGCCAGGGUCAGAAAUUAGAUUCAGUUCUAGCAAAACCCUUGAAGACUCAAGCUUUUGCUUCUCCUGAUAAAGUUGCUGAGCUGGUUCAGAAGGUUGCCGCUGCCAUUCAACAAGAUUUGCCCAAAGUAAUGACCAAGAUGAGGUUGUAUUUGCAAAAUCCAUCUACUCGGAUGAUCUUAUUCAAACCUAUCAAGACAAAUAUAGUUGAGGCUCAUAUACAGCUGCAGUCCCUUCUGAAGUCAGAAUACUCCACUGAAGAAAUGCAAUCAAUUGGUACGUUGCCGAUACCUGAUCUGCAGUCUCAGCUUGACAGCCUUUUGUAG